GAGUGUGUGUUUUGUGUGUGUGUGUGUGUGUCUGAGAAAUGAGAGAGAAAGACAGAGAGAGAGAGAGAGAGAGAGAGAGGGAGGGAGGGAGGGAGGGAGGGAGGGAGGAGGGCACUGAGCUGAGAGAAAUCUGUCAGAUUCAAACACACUGCUCUGUGUGUAUGUGUGUGUGACAGAGAGAACGAGAGAUGAAGAGAGUAGGAGAGCUGAAGAACAGAUAGAAAGAGACAGCAGAGGACCACAAAGUGAGGCCGCUUCACCCAAUGGAUCUGCAUUCAUAUCAAAAACCUUCGGGAUUCCAUGAACACAUCGACCCAACUGACAUCCCUGCAGAGCGCAGCCGAUCCACACUGAUGCGGUUGCUCCACACGCAGCUGUAGACCAGCAAGGCCAAGGGGUCAGGGGUGAAAGGUCACAGACUACAGAGCCGGAGCAAGCACCGAGGUUGUAAGGUUUCACGAGGGAGAGACUGAAAGGCUACAAGAAGGCCCCGGGUUGAGGAAGGAAGGUCUCAGUGACAGACAAGAGUCGAGGGGUCAAAGAUGAUGACAUCACAUGUAAAGCUUAGGAGGGAGAAGGGGAGUCUGGCCGAGUAUGAGUCGCAGAUGAAAGACCUGCGGGCCCAGCUGACAGACCAGAUAAAGAUUUUAGACUCUCAGGUGGAGGUGAAACAGCAGCAGCUCUCAGACCUCUCAGAGUUUCUCCGGCGCCGAGGCGACAUCGAGGCUGAAUACGCACGUGCCCUCGACAAACUCACAGAGCGAUUCACCCACAAGACUAAGAAGAAGGAGCAGUGGGGUCAGUCAGUGUGUCAAGUCUGGUCUGUUUUGCUGACUCAGACUCGUCUGGAGAGCCGGGAACACGCAGCGCUGGGUGACACAUGCUGCAACACACUCACACAGGGGUUGGCCCACAGUACGGAAGAUACACACCGUCUGCACAAACGGAGCAAAGAAGUUGGCAUCCAGAUGCAGGAUGAGUUGCUAAAGGUCACCACCGAAAUGCAGACGGCUAUGAAGACAUAUAACCAGUACCACACAGACUGUCUGAUAGCUGAGGGGAAACUGAAGGAAGCCGAACGGUUGGAGGAGAGACAAACCGGAAAGUCAGCUGAGCUCGGCCUCGGCCAAUCAGGAGGGCAGAGACGGAGCUCCGUCAAGAAGAUGGAGAGACUAAUGGAAAAAAGGCAUGGCAGAGUACAGGAGAACCAGCUGAAGUGUACCAAGGCUCGUAAUGACUACCUGCUGAAUCUAGCAGCAGCCAACGCAGCCAUGAACAAGUACUACCUGCAGGACAUCAGCACUCUCAUCGACUGCUGUGACCUGGGCUUCCAUCUGUCCGUGGAGAGGGUGAUGAAGUGCUACAUGGCUAGUAGGUGGCGCAUCCAGAAGACAGAGGAGACCGGUCUCAAGCAGCUGGAGGCUGCCGUGACGUCCCUGGACCAGGGUGGAGACAGAGAUGCGUUGCUACAGCAACACGAUGCUGCUUUCUGCCUUCCUUUCAAAUUUAACUACCAUCCACAUGAGGGAGACCAGGUGUGUGAGGUGAGUGCGGAGAGCCAGGUGAGGUACGAGCUGGAGACCAGGUUCCAGCAGCUUCAGUCUCGGCUUGCUGCCGUCACCUUGGAAACAGAGGAGGUCAGUAAAACGCUUAAAGCAACACUCACAGCCCUGCUGGACAAUAUGUGUGACAGCGACUGUAACCCCUCCCCCGACGUGCUCAGCAGCCUAUCAAAUGAGCCCCCUGGAGGAAACACUGCCCAAAAACUUGCAAUUGCCAAGCGUCGAGCAAAUCAGCAGGAGACAGAGACCUACUAUUUUACAAAAGUGAAGGACUUCCUCAUCAGCAGUUCUCUGAACGUCAAACUUCAAGCCAAACAUGACCUUCUACAAGAUGCCAUACAGAAAGCGGAGGCUGUCGACAGUGACCCUUCCAGAAUGCAUUGUGCUCGGUCACUGCGUGUUCGGAAGUCGAGACCUGUUUCCCAAUUCUGCCACACACUCUUCACCACAGACAUAAUCUCCUACAUACAGAGCUCUGGGCAGCAGAUUCCUGUGGUGGUUGAAAGCUGCAUCCGUUUCAUUAACCUUCAUGGCCUCCACCAUGAAGGGAUAUUUAGAGUCCCCGGGUCACAGAGGGAGGUCAACCACAUCAGAGAUGCAUUUGAGCGAGGAGAGGAUCCGCUGUCAGACAGCGAGUGUGACCUGGACUCUGUGGCCGGUGUGUUGAAGCUUUACUUCAGGGGCCUUGAGCCUCCUCUCUUCCCUUACGACAGUUACUCUCAGCUGUUGGAGUGUGGCCAAAUCGAGGGGGUGACAGAGAAAGCUCUCCAGAUUAAAGCGAUUGUCUCCACCUUCCCACGGCCUCUCCUCAUCGUGAUGCGCUACCUUUUCGCUUUCCUCAAUCAUGUGUCCCAGUACAGUGAUGAGAACAUGAUGCUGCCCUACAACCUGGCAGUUUGCUUCGGUCCAAGCCUCUUGAGGGGUUUGGAUUCUGAUGAUGCUGUUGCUAGGCAACCACAGGUCAAUGAUCUUGUCAAAACCAUGAUCCUCCAACAUGACAUCAUCUUCCCCAGCCAAUCAGAACUGCCGGGCCCCGUCUACGAGAAGCACAUGACCCUGGAGCAAGAGUACUGUGAGCCAAUCACAGAGGAGGGAGACGGAGAGACUGAGCCACUGCCCAGUGAGGACGAGUGGGAGGCAGUGGCCAUGUUUGACUACGUGGCGAGAUCUCCAGCAGAGCUAUCCUUCAAGCAGGGAGAGCUUCUCAUCGUUUACAGCAAGGCCUCCUGUGAUUGGUGGAGAGGCGAAGCGGGAGGGGUUAAGGGUCUCAUCCCUCACAAGUACAUCAGCAUGUUGGAUGGAUCAGAGAGAGGGAAAAGAGAGGAUGCAGGAGGAGGAGGAGGAGGAGGAGGAGGAGGAGGAGGAGGAGGAGGAGGCAGCACGGGAAACCUGACAGCAGAAGAUCCACAGACGGAGAACACAACUCGGAUGCGGGUGAACAGCGACAGUGCUUCGUUGCCUGGGAGACAGAGAGGAAGUGAGGGUAGCCCCAAUCGAAAGCAGCCAACAUCUCCAGCCACACGACACCUGCCAGUGUCUCAGGAGCGAAGACACACUUUGGACACUGUGAGACAGGGCAGCUUCAAAACCACAGACAGACUUCCAUUCGGUCAGGCAGACAGACCAGCAGUCGACAAGGACAUGAUCAGCCGUCAGAUGAACUCGGUGUUCAAGGAGCUCCUGUCUCGCCAGCCGGCCGUGCCGCCGUCCACCCUCGCCACCCCUGCUCCCUCUUCCUCCUCUUCCUCUCUUCCUCAAGCUGCCCCCACUGCCAAAAAAGUAGGAUUCAGCCUCAGAGGACGGGCCCUUUUCAGACCAGUGGACUGAGUGGGAGAAGAGGACGAGUGGGGAUCAUUGAUUCAUUGUUUAAUGAUGAAGAUUAUGCUGAUGCCCAUGACACAUUUGGUGAAGAUCUUGAUUUAUUUUUUUGACACAUGUAUAAUAUUCGCGUCUCUGCCAUCUCAUAGUGCCACUAGUCUCAGUGCCGUGUUACUGUACGUCCAGUGUGUCUGUUUUCCAGCUGGGUUUUGGUCUUUUUAUGUUCUGGUCUGUUUUUGUUCUCCAGGCUUUUUUAAUUUUCUGGGGAAUCAGGGAUGUGACAUCACCAGACGGACUUGUUAAAGUGGUUGCCAUGAUACUUAAAACAACAACAACAUACUUAAGCUGCCCCCCAGUGGCAGGUCUAAGAUCUUUUUAUUUUUGCUUCAUUGCAAAUGAACGAAAACUGAUCCGCGGCCUGAGUGCCUUCACAACAUUUGCUCUUCACAAGUAUUUCACU